AUGGGUAUCUUGACAACUCAAGAUAAAGAAAAAAUUAAAAGGGCUAUCCCAAAGGCUAAUAAUAAAGUCAUAGAUGCUACGGUAGCUAGAUUGUACAUUGCUUAUCCCGACCCUACAAAAUGGACAUACACUGGAUUAAUGGGCGCAAUUGUCUUAGUAGAUGAUUUAGUUGGACAUACUUUCUUCUUGAAAUUAGUGGAUAUAAUAGGCCACCGAGGAGUUAUCUGGGAUCAGGAGAUAUAUAUCGAUUUUGACUACAAUCAGGAUAGAACGUUCUUCCAUUCCUUUGAACUUGAAGAAUGUUUAGCUGGAUUGUUAUUUGAAGAUACCAGCGAAGCCACGCACUUUCAUAAAAGAGUAGCUGGUAGAAAAAAGCAUGGUUCUAAGCACACAGUUAAUAACAAGAAUGCAAUUGCAUUGAAAAAGAACUUGGGGCCUCUGGAACACAAAGGACCUGGGCCUCGUGGAGAAUACGUGGAUGUGAAUACGGCACAAAGGUCAAGAAGAAGCAAAGGGAUCUUAUACUACGAUGAUGAGCCUCCUCCAGAAUGGAGAUCUUUGUAUGCUGAGUUGGCAGCUGCUGGUAUAACAGAAGAUAUGAUAGCCGAUAAUCGUGACUUUAUCAAGAACUAUAUUGCGCAGCAAGGUGGACCUUUAGUUGGGUUAGAGCCACCAGUUCCAAGAAGACUUAAAAAUGGACCACCUAAGCCUGUUGUUGAGCUGAGAGUGAGCUCUAGUUCGUCUUUAAGAUCAAAAACAAAGAAAGCGCCCCCACCUCCCCCUCCUUCUUCUUCUAAGCCAACCUCAAGUUCAGAAACCCCAGAUUUAUCACAUCACUCAACCCCAUCUAUUGAUGAGCAAAAUUCGAUGCAUUCGUCUUCUGCCACAGAGUCAUCGCCGGAACCAAGUCAUGUACCUGCUCAAGCUAGGUUCAGGCUUCCACCUUCUGACGCUGCUGUUCCCGUUCCACAUGACAUGGCUCAUAUCGUCGACUCACCAAAUCUGCAGGGCCAACCUUCAUCCCCAUUUGGUAUGCCUCAAGGACGUCCUCUAGCACCUGCGUUACCGCAAAGUAAUAGGCCACUUCCUCCGUCCCCUGCCCCUAGAAUGAAUCAAGUUCCACCACCUCCUCCUCCCAGAGCGCAUAAUGGUCCGCCUGUUCCCUUCAGACAGGCAGCAGGAAGUACAGCAGCACCACCUCCUCCUCCUCCGAGAGCUUCGAGAGGAGCACCGCCGCCGCCGCCACCCAGAGCUUCUAGGGGUAAUGUACCGUCACCUUCCUUUUCGCAAAAUCAACAGCCCUUUAAUCCUAACAAUGAUAGGCCGAUUCCACAUGUUCCUCCUCAGCUCAAUAAUCGUCCUUUUGGUCAGCCUAACCAUGUACCCCCUUCAACGAACCAGAGUGUGAACUCUGCGGCAUCGCUUCCAUCUCCAUUGCCUAAUAUCCACAGUAACUCUGUACCACCACCUCCGCCAUUGCCUUCAAGCAUCAGUCAGACAAAUGCCGGUCCAUCUAUCCCACAACCGCCUCCACCACCUCCUGCUUUGUCUUCCAGUGGUCCACCACCACCUCCUCCUCCUCCCCCAGGGGAUUUGUCUAGUACAGGACCGCCGCAAGCCUUACCUGCUGUCGAUCAGUCCAGAGAUGCUCUUUUAGCCUCUAUAAGGGGAGCGGGUGGCAUAGGCUCAUUGAAAAAGACUGAUAAGACACAAUUAGAGAAAUCCAAUGUUCUUUUACUGGAAGCUAAGGGUGAAACUACUUCAGGAACUGCUCCCAGUGCAAGUCCGCCCUCGGGAGAACCAGCAAGUCUUGCAGAUGCUUUGGCGGUAGCCUUGAACAAAAGAAAAGAUAAGGUUUCAAAAAGCGACGACGAAGACGAAGACGAUUGGUAG